AUGCCUGGAGAACGGGACUGUGAGGAGAGGGCUCAGCGGGUGAGGUUGCCGUGGAGACCAGACCCCACGCGGAGGGGGCCGGGCCGAGUCGCCGGCAGGGACGGGAGGGACAGGUCGGGGCUCGGAGCUGACGGGGAGGUCGGUUCGGCCACAGCUGGAUCAUCCGGGUCCAUCGUUCCGCCCUUUCUCGCAUCCGCCUCCAUACUCACCAUGUCCCGGCUUCCGGGUGUCAUGGUGUCCUCCCCACGGACUCCCAGGACCUGCGGGUCACAGGGCGACAGAGGCGAUGCAAAGCGACGCGGCCAGCAGAGGUCAAAAGGUUUAGAUUUCUUCUUGUCCCGGAGUCCGGGGGCUGGGGGAGCUGGAGCAGGGUGUGGGCUCCUCUCGGAACAUGAUGGGAGUCUUCAUCGCUCCUGGUCGGUGGGUCGCUGGACUGUAGGACGACCACACCUCCUUCCACCGACCGGAGCCAUACGGGAGCUGGAAGUAAGGGGGCGGCUUCCGCGUUCUGACCGGGACUUCGUCUCCUGCGCUUGCCCACAGAGCCGGCUCGUUCCCUACGGCGCUGUCCUGCCCUCCGGGACCGCACCCCUUUGUCUUUGCUUCAGUCUCUGUCACCCUGUGACCUGCAGGUCCUGGGAGGACCCCGGGACACCCGGAAGCCGGGAAAUGGAGCUGUUGACAUUCAAGGAUGUGGCCAUAGAAUUCUCUCCAGCAGAGUGGGAAUGCCUGGACCCCCCUCAGCGAAUACUGUACAGGAAUGUGAUGUUAGAGAACCACAAACACCUGGUUUUUCUGGGCCUUGCUGUCUCUAAGCCGGACCUGAUUAUUAGACUGGAGGAAAAGAAGGAGCCCUGGAAUGUGAAGAGACACAGCGUGUUAGCCAAACCCACAGCUGUGACUUCCAGUUACACCGAGGGCCUUUUGCCAGAGAAGAGCAUAGAAGAAUCUCUUACAAAGGUGCCAAUGGGAAGAUAUAGAAGAAAUGUGCCUGAGGAUGAAGGGCAGAUAGGAUGUAACCAUUACAAAUGUAACAAAUGUGGGAAGGUCUUUAAUCAACACUCCAAAUUUAUUAUGCAUGAGCGAACCCAUAUUUUUGAAAAGGCUUCCAAAUAUGAAUAUGGCAAAACAUUUAACCAGUCCUCAAAAUUUAGUAAACAUGAAAAAAUUAGUAAUAGAGGAAAUUUGUACAGAUGUAAUAUAUGUGAGAAAGUGUUUAGAAAAUCAUCACAUCUAAAUAGACAUGAAAGAAUCCAUACUGGAGAUACAGCAUUCAAAUGUGAAAAAUGUGAUAAAGCCUUUGAUCGGUAUUCACAUCUUAUUGACCAUCGGAGAAGCCAUACUGCAGAUAAACCCCACAAAUGUCAAGUAUGUCAAAAAGCCUUUGUUCAGUACUCAAAUCUUAUUCAACAUCAGAGAUUCCAUACUGAAGAGAAACCCUUCAAAUGCGAAGAAUGUGGCAAAGCCUUUCGCUCUCAUAAAGGAUUUACUGGACAUAUGACCAUCCAUACUGGAGAGAAACCCUACACGUGUAAAGAAUGUGGCAAAGCCUUUCGUUCUCAUUCAGAACUUACUGUACAUAUGAGGGUCCAUACUGGAGAGAAACCCUAUAAAUGUGAAGAAUGUGACAAAGCCUUCUUCUCCAAUUCAAACUUUGCUCGACAUAUCAAGGUGCAUACUGGGGAGAAACCCUAUAAAUGUGCUGAAUGUGGCAAAGCCUUUCCCUCUUAUACAGAACUUGGUAGACAUACAAAGACCCAUAAUGGGGAAAAACCCUACAAGUGUAAAGAAUGUGGCAAAGCCCUUCGCUCUUAUUCAGGACUUGCUGGACAUAUGAGAAUCCAUACUGGAGAGAAACCUUACAUGUGUGAAAAAUGUGGCAAAGCCUAUUGCUCUUAUUCAGGACUUUCUGCACAUGUGGCCACUCAUACUGGCGAGAAGCCCUACAAAUGCAAAGAGUGUGACAAAGCUUUUCGCUCUUAUACAAAACUUACUCGACAUACCAAGAUCCAUACUGGAGAGAAACCCUACAAAUGCAAAGAUUGUGGCAAAGCCCUUCGCUCUCAAUCAGGACUUGCUGAACAUAUGAGGAUCCAUACUGAAGAGAAACCCUACAAAUGUGAAGAAUGUGACAAAGUCUUUAAUUGGUACUCAAGUUUUAUUCAACAUCAGAGAAUCCAUACUGGAGAGAAACCCUAUAAAUGUAAAGAAUGUGACAAAGCAUUUAGGUCUUAUUCAGGACUUGCUGUACAUACAAAGAUCCAUACUGGGGAAAAGCCCUACAAGUGUAAAGAAUGUGACAAAGCCUUUUCUUCCCAUUAUAAACUUGCUCGACACAUUAAAAUCCAUACUGGAGAGAAACCUUACAAAUGUGAAGAAUGUGAUAAAGCCUUUAAUUGGUACUCAAGUCUUAUCGAGCAUCAGAGAAUCCAUACUGGAGAGAAACCAUACAAAUGUCAAGAAUGUGGCAAAGCCUUUCGCACUCAUUCAGUACUUGCCGUACAUACAAAGAUCCAUACUGGAGUAAAACCCUACAAAUGUGAAACAUGUGGCAAAGCCUUUCCCUCCCAUUCAGUACUUGCAAGACAUGUCAAGAUCCACACUGGAGAGAAACCCUACAAAUGUGAAGAAUGUGGCAAGUCCUUUUGCUCUCAUAUAGGACUUGUUGGACAUAUGAGUACCCAUACUGAAGAGAAACCCUACAAAUGCGAAGAAUGUAACAAAGCCUUUAAUUGGCACUCAAGUUUUAUUCAGCAUCAGAGAUUCCAUACUGGAGAGAAACCUUACAAAUGUAAAGAAUGUGACAAAGCCUUUCGCUCUCGUAGAGGAUUUGCUGGACAUAUGAUCAUCCAUACUGGGGAGAAACCCUACAAAUGUGGCGAAUGUGACAAAACCUUUAAUUGGCACUCAAGUCUUAUUCAGCAUCAGAGAAACCAUACUGGAGAAAAACCCUACAGAUGUAAAGAAUGUGACAAAGCCUUUACCUCUCGUUCAGCACUUGCUCGUCAUAGGAAGGUCCAUACUGGAGAAAAACCCUACAAUUGUGAAGAAUGUCACAAAGCCUUUAGUCGGUACUCAAAUCUCAUUCAACAUCAAGGAGUCCAUAUUAAAGGAAAACCCUACCAGUGUAAAGAAUGUGGCAAAGCCUUUCGCUCUCUUGCAGGACUUGCUGGACAUAUGAGAAUCCAUACUGGAGAAAAACCAUACAAAAGAGAGGAAUAUGAGAAGGCCUUUAGCUCUCAUUUAAAAUUUGCUUGACAUAUGAGCAUCCAUAUGUAGGGAAUUCUACAGUUGUAUUAAGUAUUACCCAUAGAACAUUAUGUUUCUAUAUUUUACAUUAAAACAUCAUCAGUAUUCAUAGCAGUUGCUCCAUGCAAGAAUAUUAAUACUAAUAUUAAUACUACCCAACAUUGAGCACAACUCUGUUUUCAGGCCAACCAUGUAACAAUGAAUCCUAAUUCUUAAAUUUAUAGUCAAAGAUGUUUUUAGAGAUAAGGUUUAUGAAAUCAUAAUAAGCAAAUAUAAGUUCUUAAGGCAAAUAGUUUUACAAUGACAGAAGACUCUUGUUUCUCAUCUAAAGACAGCUUCACAGAUCAUUUCGAAAUCCCUAGAGGUACACAUAAACCACAUUUGACCCCAUUCUUGAAGUCAGUCUUUUUAAAGAAAGGAUCAAAUUCUACUUGUUGAAGGUAACAAGUCUGAACUGACACUCAGGCCUUGGUUCUGGGUCAGUUUUCUGGAGUCAGGCCAUUCAGUAUCUUCAUUAGUUAAUAUAAGCAAGUAUGCAUUAGCACUGUCUUCUCUUUCAGCUCUGCAAUCUUUUCCAGUAGAGGUACAUUGUGAAUAUCCAUCUCAGAUGCUUUUACCGUGGCUUUUGUUUUUAAGAGAGAGCACAGCAUUUUGUCACUAGAAAGGCAGAAGUGACCUUUCAAGGCAGCCAGGGUAGCAUGAGUACAAUAUGAAUGGAAAGCAAUGGGAAUUUCACAGGAACCACAGAAUAAAACUUUGUAAGUGGUGCCUUUGAACAAACUUUCAAUGCCAGCCAGGAAGGGCACUUCCAAAAUGACUUUAUUUGUUACUCUGGAAAAUACCAUAGUGCCGAGGAAUUGUAACAGAUCCCAGGCAAGGUACACUGAGCCAGCAAGCAUCGCAUGGCAUGACACAGUGUGGCAAAGUGCACUCUGGAACACAGCACACCUCUCAGGCUACAAGCAAAGACCCUUUUACCAUCUGCAUGUCCCACUUUAUGGAGAUCAUAAAAAAAGUUUCCUCAGUCACCCUUUUAGCCCCAGAACCAAAGUCACCCUGGGGCAGCUUUGCAUGGCCUGGGAGAUGCUUCUGCAACGGAGCAGCCAUGUUUUCACAACUGAUGCCGCUAUUUCAAAUGCCUCUAUAACACUCUUAUUUUCAGAUACUACACUAAGUCAAAAUUAAAACCAUUAGAUUACUUACUUACAUGUUGAGUAGAAUUAUAAGACUUUUUUUUUUAGGAAAGCAUAACUAUAUUCUGUGUGUGCUUUUGUUUUUGCAUUGCCAGAAUUUAAGAUUAUUUUGAAAAUCAAAUAUUAAUGAUGUAACUCACCUCACUUGUUGCUAUGCCUUUGUUUCUAGCGUUCAAGUAAAAGCAUGUGGUCAAUUUUUGCUACAUUAGAGCUAUGAUGGGUCCUUCUGUACUAGAUGAGCAGCGGUCAUCUCAAGUUUUCUGUGGACGAUAAAGAACACUGAUAUGUAAUCUACCUUAAAAGACCUAAGUGGAGAGGUUUUUUUGUGGCUCACAUUGAGCGUUGUUGUAUGUCCUGUAUUAGGUGGGUGCUGAAGGUAGCAUUUUGGUGGGGGGGAGUCUUGUAGUAAAAGACAAAGAAAUACUGAGAGUUUUAGAAAUGAAUUGCAUAAAUAUCAGUACUUAAAAGCCCUAAGUGUUAUUUCAUAGGGUAUAAAUAUAGUUUCCUAAACACCAGAGAAAAGAUAAUUGCUCUCUUAGAAGGUAUAUAUAUUGUAAGUUUAUGUUUAGUAAAUAAUUAGCCUCAGUUCUGAAAACUGAAGAAGGCUGAGCUGCACUCACAUUUAUCCUUCUAUUAGAAGAACAGAAAUGUUUGUUAAAAGUUGUAAUCUAUUUUUGCUAGUGAGAAUACAGUGAACUUUGGAGUGUUAAGACUAUGCGAACUUAAUUUGUUAUUAACAGAAUUGUUGAUAAAGUGUUAGAUUGUGCACACACAAUAAAUUGUUAUCCUGCUACUA